AUGGCCCUUCCGCAAACUUUCAAACAAGCAGUCUUCAAAGGAGCAGGCAAGCCUCUAGUUAUCGAAGAGGUAUCCCUGGCUCUUCCUGGUCCCGGUGAAGUCUUGGUCAAGGUUGAGGCCUGCGGUGUCUGCUUCUCGGAUACUUAUGCGCAAAAGAAUAUGCUGGGAGGCGGAUUUCCAAUCGUCCCAGGCCAUGAAAUCAUUGGACGAGUUGCUGCUGUUGGAGAUGGAGUGUCUGGGUGGGGACUGGGUGAUCGAAUUGGGGGUGGGUGGCAUGGAGCGCAUGAUGGAACCUGCAAGUCGUGCAAGAAAGGCCUGUUCCAAAUGUGCUCCAACAAGCUGAUCAAUGGCGAAACUAGAAGCGGUGGAUAUGCCGAAUAUUGUACCCUCCGCGCUGAAGCUGCCGUUCGUGUGCCUGACCAUGUCGACGCAGCCAAGUAUGCCCCCAUUCUAUGCGCUGGAGUGACGGUCUUCAACUCAAUGCGUCAUAUGAAUGUUCCUCCCGGUGAAACUGUUGCCAUUCAGGGCUUGGGGGGCCUUGGCCACCUCGCAAUCCAGUGUGCGAACAGAUUUGGAUACCGUGUAGUCGCGAUAUCACGGGACAGCAAGAAGGAGAAGUUCGCCCGAGCGUUGGGUGCACAUGAGUACAUCGACACGAGCAAAGAAGAUGUUAGCAAAGCGUUGCGGAGGCUUGGGAAAGCCUCAAUGAUUGUCUUAACAGCGCCAAACGCAGAUGUUGUGAACCCACUAUUAAAUGGGCUGGAGGCACGAGGGAAGCUACUAAUGCUAAGCGGACCUGGUGAAGUACCCAUUAAUAGUAGUCUCAUGGUCGUUUCCGGUCUUUCCAUCCACGCCUGGCCUUCAGGGCAUGCUACUGAUUCAGAGGAAGCAAUUGCAUUCACAGAGUUACAAAACAUCAACUGCAUGGUCGAAACAUUCCCUCUAGCAAGGGCAAAUGAUGCAUUUGGUAAGAAUUCACAUAAGAACUAA